GACCUCUUAUCACCUUGUGGAUUGUUUGUUUACCCAACCAUUACCCGCUUUUCUGGCGGGGCGGUUGCCGCUGCUGCCUUUGAUCUCAGCUUCCCAGAUCCUCCUCCAGCCCUGGUGUUUGCCCAGUGCUGCCCGAGAGCCUGGAGGGAGGGCUCUCAGGGAGUCCCCUGGCACCUGGCCAGAGCUUUGCCCAGCUCACUUCUCCCCCGGAGAGACCCUGGCUCUCCCCUUCACUCUCAGAAGGAGAAGCUGAGUCUCUGGGCUUUGCUUAGAAGGGAGGACACACUCUGAGUGCCUCCUAGGAGCCACGAUGCAGCUUGGGUGACUAGACUGGCUGGAGGUCAAGGGGCAGGCUUCCCUCUUUUGCAGAGUGCCCUUUGCCCCAGGGGGUGGGACCGAGAGCCCCCUUGCUUGGCCAAUGAGCAGGCUUGGAGAAGGGACAGGGAAGAGUGGGCGGGGCCUUUCCCCUUCACCCCGCCCCCCCCCCCCCACUUUCCCGCCCCCAGCUUCUCCCCGACAGGCGACGUGGACUCCAGAUCUUCGCUCUGGAGGCGGUGCAGGUCGGCUGUCUCCGCCUCUCUCUCCCCUGGCACCUGCUGCCAGGCUGAAAGGGACAAAAACAAUCCCGGCCGGCGUCGAGUUUCAGGGAGUCCCCGCCCCCGGGGUGCUUCCUCCUCCUAGGCCCCCUCCAGGCCCCGCCUCCACCUGCACAACACAUUUCAGUUUCCUUGGGCCAGAAGCGGGGACACACAGGGCUGCUUAGGCUCCCCCCGAACCCCCACGGCUCCCUCCGGAGCGGGGACCCCUCCCGCCACCUGCAGAGAAGAGGGGGUGGAGUGAAACCCAGGCCAGGUGUCUGGGGUCCCUAGACGGAGCCGGAUUCCGGACCCUGUGUCUUGCGACUCCUGCUGAGGCUUUUCCAGGUAAGGGGACCAGGGAGGCCGCAUUCAGACCCCUCUCCUCCCUCAGAUGCCAUGGAGCUGGGCCUGUCUCCGCCGCAUCACAGCAGCUCCCCGGAAGACCUGUACCCAGCCCCGGGGACCCCGCCCGGGACUCCCCCGCCCCCCGACGCCCCUCUUCCCGGGGAGGUGAAGCGGUCCCAACCUCUGUCCAUCCCCACCAGCAGGAGACUCCGAGAGGAGGAGCUGCGGACCACCUCUCUCCCCUCCAUCCCCAACCCCUUCCCGGAGCUGUGCAGUCCUCCCUCACAGCCCCCCCUCUCCGGUGCCAGGGGGCUGCUGCCCCGGGACACCAGCUGCCCCCACGUGGUGAAAGUGUACAGCGAGGACGGGGCCUGCCGGUCGGUGGAGGUGGCGGCGGGCGCCACCGCGCGCUACGUGUGCGAGAUGCUGGUGCAGCGCGCCCACGCCCUCAGCGACGAGAACUGGGGGCUGGUGGAGUGCCACCCCCACCUGGCCCUGGAGCGGGUCUUGGAGGACCACGAGUCGGUAGUGGAAGUCCAAGCUGCGUGGCCGAUCGGCGGAGACAGCCGCUUCGUCUUCCGGAAGAACUUCGCCAAGUACGAGCUGUUCAAGAGCUCCCCGCACUCCCUGUUCCCGGAGAAGAUGGUCUCCAGCUGUCUGGACGCCCCGGCGGGCUUAUCGCACGAAGACCUCAUCCAGAACUUCCUGAACGCGGGCAGCUUCCCGGAGAUCCAGGGCUUCCUGCAGCUGCGGGGGCUGGGCUCGGGGCGGAAGCCCUGGAAGCGCUGCUUCUGCUCCCUGCGCCGCUCCGGCCUCUACUGCUCCACCGCGGGCACCUCCAAGGACCCCAGGCACCUGCAGUACUUGGCGGACGUGAGCGAGUCCAACGCGUACGUGGUGACCCAGGGCCGCAAGCUGUACGGGAUGCCCACCGACUUCGGCUUCUGCAUCAAACCCAACAAGCUCCGCAAUGGCCACAAGGGGCUGCGUGUCUUCUGCAGCGAGGACGAGCAGAGUCGCACCUGCUGGCUCUCCGCCUUCCGCCUCUUCAAGUACGGGGUGCAGCUGUACAAGAACUACCAGCAGGCACAGUCCCGCCACCUGCGCCCCUCCUGUAUGGGGUCCCCGCCCCUGAGGAGCGUCUCGGAUAACACGCUGGUGGCCAUGGACUUCACCGGCCGCACCGGGCGCAUCAUCGACAACCCCCGGGAGGCCCUGAGCGUCGCCCUGGAGGAGGCUCACGCCUGGCGGAAGAAGACGAACCACCGCUUCAGCCUGCCCACCCCCUGCUCCAGCACCAGCCUCAGCGCGGCCAUCCACCGAUCACAGCCCUGGUUCCACGGGCGGAUUUCCCGCGAGGAGAGCCAGCGGCUCAUCGCCCAGCAGGGCCUGGUGGAUGGCCUGUUCCUGGUGCGGGACAGCCAGCGGAACCCGCAGGGCUUCGUGCUGUCUCUGUGCCACCUGCAGAAGGUCAAGCAUUACCUGAUCCUGCCGAGCGAGGAGGAGGGCCGCCUGUACUUCAGCAUGGACGAGGGCCAGACGCGCUUCACCGACCUGCUGCAGCUCGUGGAGUUCCACCAGCUGAACCGCGGCAUCCUGCCCUGCCUGCUGCGCCACGGCUGCACCCGCGUGGCCCUCUGACCGCGGCCUGUCUCCCGGCCCGGGGCUCACGGGCGGACUCGGAGGGGGGGACAGGAUGGAGAAUAACCGGAAGGCUCCCCCACUCCAGUUUUCUCCCUGCUCCUUUGCUUCACUGAGACAGUAAGUGUCCCCUCCAGCCCCCCCCCCCCCAGCUCAUCCUUAAUCCCUCUUCUCAAGGGAAGGCACGGGAGGCGGCCCUCCCCCCUCAGGGAGCUUCUUUCUGGACACUACUCUGGGGCAAGGCAUUGUGGGAGAGAGGGGGGUCUCCCAGGUGGUCGGAUGCCCCACAUGCUGUACAGACCGCGGCCAGUCGAUCUGCUCUGUUUUAUACGCCUCACAAUAAAGGUUAUUUUUGGAUACA